UCUCUCUCUCUCUCUCUCUCUCUCUCACCAGAACCUAACAUCGCGCACCGAGUCCAACCAACACGCUUUUCGAAAUCUGCGAUUCCUCGUGAACGUUUUCCUUCUCUCAUGGCUUCGGAGCAGUACGGCGCCGUCUUCGAUGGAUCUCAGGACGACGACGAGGAGCCUUCGUCCUCCGACCACGAGCUCGACGAAAACGACAAUGUUUUAAACGAGGAAGAGGACGAGGAAUUAUUGGAAGAAGUAGACAUAAAUUCCCCUUCUUUACUCCCCCAACCGAUCGCCACCGCCGUUCCUCUCAACUUCUCAUCUUCCACCGCCGUAACCAUCGCCGCUGUCUCCGCCGAAGAGUUGCCUCCUGAUCCCAAACGCCAACGCGUCGAUUUCGCCGUGGAAGAGAAAAAAAAACCUCCGCCGCCGCAAUUGGACGAUUCGCGACGGCUAUUUCAAAGGUUAUGGACAGACGGAGACGAGAUCGAGCUUCUCCGAGGGUUUCUUGAUUACUCAACGUUGAGAAUGAACUCAGGUGCUGCUUCUUCUCACCAUCAUCAUCAUCUUGAUACGGCUCUGUUUUACGAUCAAGUCAAAUCGAAACUCCAGCUGGACUUCAACAAGAAUCAAUUGCUGGAGAAGCUUCGUAGAUUGAAGAAGAAAUAUAGGACCGUGAUGAGUAAGAUCAGUUCAGGUAAAGAAAUUUCCUUCAAAACUCCUCAUGAUGAAGCUACUUUUGAAAUUUCUAGUAGGAUUUGGAGUAAUAUUGUGGGCAAAGUAGAAGAUAAUGUUUUAGAUGAUGAAAAUAACAAUAAUAAAAUUAGUUUAAUAGAUGAAAGUCAGGAGAAAAAGAAUUUUACACCGAAAUCAACUGCCAUGAAGAAAAGGGCUAGAAAUAAAGGAGUGAAAAUGGAGGAGAAAAGAGUUUUGAACGAUGGAACUCUAAUUACCAAUAGUAACUAUAAUGAUAGGACUGAUAAUGAUAAUGAUAAUGGUAAUGUAGAAGGAUUUAGUGGAGGAGGAGUUAAUGUGGCGGUGGGGGUCAUAGAGGAGACCGUGAGGAGUUGUUUAACACCAAUGUUGAAGGAGUUGUUAGGUAGUGUAAUGGGAGGAGGGGGAUAUGGAGGAAGAGGGAUUAGUCAGUUGGCUAUGAAUGCAAUGCCGUUGAGUUUCGGGGGAAGUUUGAAUUUCUGUGGCGGUGGGGGUAAUGCUGAACCGACGGACGAGAGGUGGAGAAAGUUGCAGAUUUUGGAGUUGGAAGUUUAUUCGAAACGGUUGGAGUUGGUGCAGGAUCAGAUUAAGGCAGCAUUGGAGGAGCUUCGAUCUAUAAACAGGUGAUUGCCUAUUCCAAUGAGGGAUUUGGUAUCUCUGGAUACCCUAUACAGUGUAGUGUAGGGAAGUGCAACUGGUUUUUGAGUGUAUUCCACCGAAACGAACAGGUAGGGGAACAAUGAGAUUUAUGGUAAUUUAGUGUUUGAAUCAAUAGUUUCUUAAUUUUCAUACAUGGGUUGGGAUGAUCAAUACAAUGCAAGUAUCCAAAAACCAUGACAUCGUAGGACUUGAAUGGAUUCAACAGCUUGCAUUGAGUUUCUUUUUCGAUUGAAAUGAAUAUUUUUGUUUUAAUGGAUUUCUUCUUUAGUUGUUC